AUGCGUCUCACAACUGUAGCACUCAUCGGCGCAUCUGGAUACCUCGGCUCCCACCUCCUGACGGCGCUCAUGCGCGCGCACGGUGACGACAAGCUCCGUCUGAUCGUCCUCCAGCGUGCGAGCUCAAAGGUCCAGGGCCUGCUCCCCAGUGUCGAGACGCGUAUCCUCGAUGCGGACACUGCCACGCUGCUCGACUAUCAAAACGCGCUCAACGGCGUGGACAUUCUGAUCUCUGCUGCGGCCAAGCUCUCUGGCGACGCCUCGCUGCGCUUCGUCGAGAACCUCGCCCAGAUCGACACUCUCAAGGUCUAUGUUCCGUCCUACUUUACUGCCAACUGGACCAAGGAGGAGCAGACCAACCAGGACAACGUCUACCUCUUUGGCAAGGCGUCGCUCAAGGACAAGACGAUCGAGCUCGGCGUACCGACCACUACCAUCCGGUGUGGCCUUUUCGAGAGUGCUUUCCUCCUUCCCGCCUUCUUUGGCAUCGACGCACUCAACAACACUGUGGAGGUGUACCAGGGCGAGAAGGGUCUCGACCAGAAGUUCUCCUUCUUGUCACUUCCCUUCCUGGCCGAGGCGGUCGCGCAGCUCAUCGUCAAGCCGGAGUUUGGGCCCAACCAGCGCUGGACGGUUGUCGAGCAGGAGUUUACCGGCCGCGACAUUGUGGCCGCGUUUGAGAGCGUGCACAAUGGCGAAAAGACCAAGGUCACCGAGUUGACGGACGCUACCGUCCAGCAGCUGCGUGCAAAGGACGCUGGGGCUGGUCUCGGUGCCGCAUGGCGCAUGCACUGGGGUGCCGGCAGGUGGAACGUUGUCAACCGCUUCGACCCGGUCGGCGUCGAGAGGCGGACCUUGCUGCAGGCGGUCAAGGACGCGGCCAACAAGAAGUGA